UUGAUACCAUGCUUCAUGCUAAGCAGUGAAUGAUUUCGUAUAAAAAGGCUAAGCAGAUCCGACAAAAUCAUCAGUUCCAACUUCAUUGCAAUCCAAACAACAAAUCAACCAAAAUCUCAAAAUGUUCAAAUACUUUGCAUUCUUCGCUCUCCUCGCUGUUGCCGCUGCCAAGCCUGGUCUGCUCGCCGAGACACACACCAUCGUCCAACCAGCUGUGGUUGCUAAAACUGCCUACGUCGACACAAGCGCCUCAUCGGCCAUAACUCACCAGAGCCACGUGAACCUAGUCAGGAAGGCGCCUGUGGUCCCAGUCGUCCACGCUGCUCCUGUUUUGAAGACUAUUUCCGCACCAGUUGUGCAUGCCGCCCCCGUAGUUCACUCAGCUCCAGUCGUCCAUGCCGCUCCAUUGGUUCAUGCUGCCCCCGUUUUCCAUGCUGCACCAGUCGUACAUGCCGCCCCAGUUGUACACUCCGUGGUCCACACAGCUCCUCUAGUCAAAACUGUAGUCUCAGCUCCAGUGGCCUACAGCAUCCACCAUUAGGACAUGCUAUUGUUUGUGAUAUGAAAACUAGAACGGAAUAAUUUUGUUAACAAAAACUUAAUAUUAUAAAUAUAACAAUUUAGAAAGAUAUC